UUCUACGGCGUCCUCCGAAUUUAUUCACGGAAAGAGUAUCGCCAUAUUGCUUCCGUGAGUUUUGUGAAUUUUAUGUACAAUUCUCUUUAAUUAUGACUAUAAUAUCAAAAUUAAGUGAAGUAAACUAAUCUAUAUCCAAAGAGUAAUCAGAGUAAUACAGUUUAUGGUGUCCAAGUUGUGCAAAUAUCGAAAAAAAGUGUAGCGUCGAGGAAGAGUAAUGUCUUAUGAGAAAAUGGAAGUUGUAAAUCCGGCUGAGAAGGAAGCAAGUGAAGUCCUGCACUCGCUUUUAUCGGUGGAGCGUCGAAGUGUAGACAGUAAAGAGGCUAUAAUUGUGUCUAUACCAUCGGACCAGAACGGCGGCGGCGAAUACGGUGAGAGUGCACAAUGGCACACCCCUGUAAUGGGUCAACACUCCGUGUUCGAACUUGGUGGUGCCCAAAACAUGCAACAGCAUAAUUAUAAUGGACAUCAGGAGCAGGUUCUCUGGCAAGGACACACAAUACAAGUUGAAAAUGGAGAUGGUAAUUUGCAAGGAAUGUCGGGCACCUACAGUAUUGAGUUUGAGACCAAUGUGGAAGGGGGUGACAUGGAGGUUGACACUAAGCCUAAGGUUGAAAAAAAAACAGGCGCUAAGAGGAAGAAAAAAAUUGCUGAAUCGGAUAGUGAUGAAGAGGUCUUGGAUAACAAAUUAGAAGACAAUCCGACUCAGGUUAAGGAAAGAUUGAAAAGAGGCUGUGAUUGCAAAGACAAUUGCUAUAGAGGAUUGAAUCCAGAGGCUGUAUACCGGCACAGGCUCAAUAUAGCUGAACUGACUAAAAGUGAACACGACAUGUACUUGAUGGGUAUAACUAUGGCAAGCUUAGCUAAUCCGGCUGAAACGUCAAGGCACAAAGUUAGGAGGAGAUUAAGGGCUUGCUAUGUAUAUCAAGGUAGAAAAGUUUGCUUAGAGGCUUUUUUGUAUCUCGAGAAUGUAACUCAUUACCAGUUGAAGAGAAUCAGGCAGCAUGUCAUGACCCAUGGAGUAGCGCCAAGGAUACAUGGCAAUGUUGGUAAGAAACCAUACAAUACAUUCACACUCGAUAUUUACAAACAUGCAACUAACUUCUUAAAGGAAUAUCUAAAGCAACACGCAAGUUCUCCCAAAGAUGUACAACCUUCAGGAGAAGGUAAGAAAACUAGUAAAACUGUUAUAAUUCAAGGGGACUCAAGAAAGCAUUUGUUUGAAGCUUAUAAGGAAUAUGGAGAAAUUUUAGAACCUGGAGUAAAGCUCAUGGGUUACUCGACAUUCCGAGCAUUUAUGAAGGAUCAAUUUCCACAUGUUAAAUUUGCUACUAAAAAGCAAGAAAUGCCUAAAGAGAUGGUUCCAUUCCGUAGUGGUAAAUGUAUGUCAUACGACAAAAACAAGGAUCCUAUUAGAAUACAACAGGAGAAAGAGAAAGCAGAAGCUAAAAAGGCAGCUAUGGAAGCUAAGAAAAAGGAAGAGCAUGAAAGAGAACAGCAAGUGCAACAACAAGCCCAACAACAACAACAGCAACAGCAGCAACAGGUUCAACAGCAACAGCAACAACAGGUUCAACAAGUUCAAGUUCAACACCAACAAAUGCAAAAUCAGGGUCCCCAUGUUGUUAUACACCAACAGAAUCCCCAGCAGCAACAACAGAUGCAGCAGCAGAUGCUGGUACCACAAGUGAGUCAACAUCAACAAGUGCUCACACAACAAGUGGGAGGUGUCCAGCAAGUUGCUCAACAACAUUGUGUCCAACCACUUGGUGUAUCAGAAGACAAUGGCCAACCUGUGGAAAUGGCACAGCAAGUCAUACCUUUAGCAGUAGUACAACAACCACAACAAGCGUAUAUUGUCACUCCUGUCUCGCACUUUCAAACGAGAGUUCAAGGAGCAUGGUACAGACAUUGACAAGAGAAUGUUCUGUCCUCCGUUGGUGUCUAUUCCUAAUUUGAGGAACAAAGUGGGUAUACACGUUUAUAUAACAUGGAUCUCGCUGUGACUGAACUGUUUACAUAGUUCCCACAAUCACUAUGAUUGAAUAUGUUAAUUAUAUAAAGCCACUUGUAACUCUGGCAAUAAGUAAGCAAAGAUACUUAGGUAACACCUUUUCAGUAUUGGUUUAUAAACUGAUUUAGUGACUAUUAUUAAGUAUAAAUUUAAUCAUAUUUACACAAUACUAGCGCUA